AUGCCGCCCUCGGAUAAAGGCAAAGAGCCAAAGAUCAGGAAGAAACCCGGCCGUCGACAGACAUCAUGUGCAGAAUGCAGGCGGUUAAAGCUCAAGUGCGAUAGAGGUGUACCUUGCGAGAAAUGCGUGUCGAGGGGAUGUGGGGAGAUUUGUCCCGAAGGCGUUUUGGCGUCUACAAAAGGAAAUAGGAUGGUUCUAGCAGGCACCGAGGAACUCCAUGAGCGUAUCGACUUUCUGGGCGCCCGGAUACGCGAGCUAGAAGAUGCGCUGAAGAUUCUGCAAGAACAAGUUUCCGACCAGCCUCAUCCAUUACUACGGACAGACGUGUUGCGGCCACCUCCUCCACCUGUGCCCUCUCAGUCGUCGUCCACUGUGCCCAUACGACCCCCGCUGUCGCGCCGUCAAUCUUAUCAAGGAUCGACGUCGAAUUCCACGACCAGCGGGACGACUUCUGCGUCUUCUUCGGCUAAAUCCCCGCCACCUUCGCACAGCGGCGAUUCAGAGAUGAAGUCUGCAGAGGAGGAGGACGCUGACGUGCAGGUCAUCGACGCCUUUGGCACUCUGACGUCCUUCCCUGCGUUCCCCGUCACCCCGCUCAUCACGCUUCACGAAUCCAGUUCUUGA